AUGUGGGUGUUUUACCUGAUAUCGUUACCCCUGACGAUGGGGAUGGUGGGUGUAACGUUGUGGUACUUUGCGGGACCAGACGUACCUCGUUACGUACGUUAUAGCGUGGGUUACACCUGGUUCUGUUCUCUCUCUAUCAUCAUCCUUGUUCCCGCCGAUAUCUGGGCUACACUAUCGAAUCAUGAUAGGGGACAGAUAUCUUUCUUUUGGAGCUGGUCUUAUUGGAGUACAUUUUUACUCACUUGGGCCGUGGUGCCUAUACUUCAGGGUUAUGAAGAUGCAGGGGACUUCACUGUUACUGAAAGACUGAAGACUAGUGCACAUUCAAACUUAGUUUACUACUUAUGCGUUGGUGCUCUCGGGCUUUUUGGACUUGUCUUGCUUAUUGUUGUUCAAGAAUACCGGAUAGGAAACAUUCCUGGUUUUGCCAUGGCUUGCUCCAAUACAUUUGGUCUCGUCACUGGUGCAUUUCUCCUUGGCUUUGGUCUAAGUGAAAUUCCAAAAGGCAUCUGGAGAUGUGCAGAUUGGACAACUCACCAAAAGAUUCUCUCACACAAGGUGGCCAAAAUGGCCGUCAAACUUGAUGAUGCUCAUCAGGAAUUUUCAAAUGCUAUAGUAGUUUCACAAGCCACGUCAAAACAGAUGUCAAAGCGUGAUCCUUUGAGACCUUACAUGAAUGUCAUAGACAAGAUGCUGAGUCAGAUGCUUAGCGAAGAUCCCUCUUUUAAACCACAAGGCGGAAAUUUAGGAGAAAAUGAUAUGGAUUAUGACACUGAUGCAAAAACAAUGGCUUCACUUAGACGUCAACUCGAGAUAGCUCGAGAGAAAUACUACCGAUACAAAAGUGAGUAUAUGAAUUUUGUAACUCAAGCACUUGAGCUGGAAGAUACCAUAAAGAACUUUGAGCACCGGAGUGGCACUGGAUGGAAAUAUAUAUCAAGCUUCCGGCCUGAAAGAAGUGGAAGAUUAGGGUCUAUGCUGGACAUAACAGAGUUGAUUUGGCGUUGUGUAUUGGAGAAGCAUCUUCAAAAAGGUUUGGCAAUCCUCUUAGGCUGUAUGUCGGCUUCUAUACUUCUCGCCGAGGCAACAAUUCUACCAAGUGGAGUUGAUUUAUCUCUCUUUUCUAUUCUGAUUAAUGCCAUGGAAAAGCAUGAGAUGCUUGUACAGGUUGCCGCCUUUAUUCCUUUAAUGUAUAUGUGUAUGUGCACAUACUAUUCCUUGUUCAAAAUAGGAAUGUUGACAUUUUAUUCACUGACUCCACAACAAACAAGUUCAGUUAGUUUGCUUAUGAUAUGCUCGAUGGUUGCACGCUAUGCUCCUCCUAUUUCAUACAACUUUCUCAACCUUAUCCAUCUUGACAACAGUGCAAAGACUAUCUUUGAAAAGAGAAUGGGAAAUAUUGAUGAUGCAGUCCCAUUCUUUGGAAGAAAAUUCAAUAAAAUAUAUCCACUUAUUAUGGUCAUCUACACCUUGUUGAUUGCGAGCAACUUUUUUGAUCGAGUCCUUAGCUAUUUUGGGAACUGGAAAAUUUUCAAAUUCCUGAGUGAAGAGGCCGAUGAUUUGGAUGGAUUUGAUCCCUCAGGACUCAUUAUUUUGCAAAAAGAACGUUCUUGGCUUGAACAAGGGCAUAAAGUAGGUGAACUUGUUGUUCCAUUGGCAAGGAAUUUCCAAAAUGCAAGCUUGGAUCUUGAAUCUGGCAGCAAUAAUACGCUCCAUGAAACAAAACCAUCAACAAGACUAGAGGAAGAAGAUAACGUUAGCCAUUCAAAACCUCUAAAAGGAGAGGCACAACAGGAGAGCAGCAAAGAAGAGAUCAGUGGAAAGUACAAGGCAAAAAGAGCAAGACAGAUGAAGAGAGAAAAUAGCAUAAGUUCAAACGGGAGGAGCAGGGACCGCCCCUUGUCUUCACGGGAUGAAAACUCCACGAUGGAUGUGCAAGUUCAACCUUCUAGAGGUUUAUCCUCGACUUGGAGAUCAAUGCAAACAGGUUUCCGCAACUUCAAGUCUAACAUGGAAUCGAAGGGAUUCAUCCCUUUACAUCAACAAGUUCAAGAUGCAGGACACAGUCGGUGUUCCUCAACUGAAUCUCUGGAUGAAAUAUUUGAAAGGAUAAAAAGACCAGGUUCAGAAUCCACAAACUAUGACAGUGAUGAUGAUCUGUAUGGAGGCUUGAAAAGUUCAAGGCCAAGCAGAUAAUAUAUGUACAAAAAAAAAAAAAAAGCUGUGUCAGAGAGCAGUCUACCAAUUUUGUGUGAGAAUCAGGAUAUUGGUCGUAAAGUUUGUUCAAUAUUCUUUUCUCUUAGUGGUAGGUUUCUGUAUUACAGAUCCUUCUGGGGUCUGUUUCAUUGUAACAAAUAGUAGCAUUGUCACUCCUCGACCAUACAAAUACAGGGAUCAUAUGACCCACAACUUGAAAACUUCAGAAGAGUUGGAAACUCAAGUUUCUGUAAUGUCUCACUCUGUCACUCACAGUAGUUGUAUUGGAUGAUAUCAAUAGAUGUAUUAUUAGCACAUUCAUUU